ACAACUCGAACAUCAAAUCCGACACGUAUUCCACUAAUCAACAAAUUAAUCCGACACUUGUACAAUUCUCUCAAAUCAAACAAACGGAGAUACUUUUCCCUCGCACGCUAUAAAUUUCCGUUUCGUUUUCCCACCGCUUGUAUUACUUUCAUUCUUGAAUUCAAGGCCAUGUCGUUAAUUCCGAGUUUUCUCAGCGGUCGGCGGACCAACGUGUUCGAUCCGUUCUCCCUGGAUAUAUGGGAUCCAUUAGAAGGGAUGCAAUUUCCGGGGAGUCUGGCGAAGGUUCCAUCUUCCGGCGCGGGCGAAACGACGGCGAUUGCGAACACUCGGAUCGACUGGAGAGAGACACCAGAGGCACACAUAUUCAAGGCGGAUCUCCCGGGGCUGAAGAAGGAAGAAGUGAAAGUGGAGGUUGAGGAAGGGAGAGUUCUGCAGAUCAGUGGAGAAAGAAGCAAAGAAGAAGAGGAGAGGAACGAGAAAUGGCACAGAGUGGAGCGGAGCAUGGGGAAGUUCAUGCGGCGAUUCCGGCUGCCGGAGAACGCGAAAAUGGAUGAAAUUAACGCCAAAAUGGAAAACGGAGUGCUGACUGUGACGGUACCUAAACAGGAGGAGAGAAAGCCGGAGGUUAAGGCCAUCGAUAUCGCCGGAUAGUGAUGUGUGUAUCUUUCGUGCUCUGUUUUGCGCUCUGCUUUGAUAAUGUCAAAUAGCCUUCUCCCCUUUGGUUGUGUAAUGUAAAUAUGGAGUGAUUUUCGUUUUCUAAUGGGUUUCAGAACUGUAAACGAUCUUGUAACAUAUAUAAUGGAGUUCGUAUGUAUA